AUGGUCAACAAAAUAACUAUCCUAGCUUGGACUUUGCUUAUGAUCGCCUUGACAACAACAAUUUGCAAUGGAUUGUAUAUUGAUGAUCAAUCUGAUGAAGUCGCUGAUUUUGAACAACGCGCUGUUGAUGACUUCGAAUUGAUUCUUCGAGAAGAACUUGAUAAGCGUGCUAAAAAAUGUAAGAAGAAAACGGUUGGUCAAGAGUGUCGUCGCGAUGCUGAUUGCUGCACGAAUCGUUGUAUUAUGGGUCGUUGUGGAUACUGUGAUAGAAAUCAUGAGCCCGUUUGUAGAAAAGGUUGUGUUCGUCGUCCUGAUGCUCCUCCCGGCAGUGUUCUUCGUGUUCUUAUUUGUAAAAAUUGA